AUGGACGUGUGUAGCGAGAACAGCGCGACUCCCGCGGAUGGACCGUCAAGAGUGAAGCUUCAACUCCCAGCUAGCUGUGAUCCACCACAACUUGACGGCGAGAGGAAGCAGUUGGUCUGGGUUGUAUUUGGUGGAACCGGCCACAUGGGUAGAUCUCUUGUCAAGUCCGCCUUGUCCAAAGGAGAUCUCGUCACUUCCGUGGGCCGUGUGUUCGAGACGACACCGGAGGAAAUGGUAGCACAGCAGGACAACGAAAAUUGUUUGGGGAUGCUGUGUGACGUUCGAGCGAGAGACUCGGUAGCGCGGGUCAUUGAACGGACCUUGGAGCGGUUCCAGCGAUUUGACGUCGUAGCCAACUGUUCUGGCUAUGGCGUAAUUGGAGCAUGUGAGGACCAGGAUGAGCACGAAAUCCGCAAUCAGUUCGAGACGAACUUCAUGGGCACUUUGAACAUUAUCCAAGCCAGCCUACCUUACUUUCGCCAACAGAACGGCGGCCGCUACCUGAUUUUCAGCUCGACGUCAGGAGCUCUGGGUGUUCCAGGCCUCGGCCCCUAUUGUGCUACCAAAUACGCCGUCGAGGGACUCAUAGAAGCUAUGCUUUACGAGACAGACUCAUUCAACGUCAAGGCAACACUCGUAGAGCCGGGGUUCGUCAGAAGGGACGAGCCAGAUACCCUUGCAACACCGUUACCAACCUGGGGUCAUUUCCUCAUCAAACCUGCGAGCGAUGCCUACGCACAGGCAACAUCACCAGCGUUGCAUGCCAAAAGAAUGGUUCAGUGGCUCGGUGACCGGCAGCCGACAAGCGCCGUCAAGUGUGCGGAGCUCGUCUGGCAACUAGCUCAUUGCUCGUAUCCCCCGCUGCGGCUCCUUCUGGGGAGCUAUGCAAUAGAGAGUAUUCGUGAUAGGCUGCGGUCCGUCACCGAAGAAUUGGAGGAUUGGAAACAUCUAAAUUUCCCCGCUCCGCCUGAUGAAGGGGAGGGAAAGGAGGCGCAAGCAGAUCAAGAUGAAAGCAUGGCCGACUCUGGGCAGGAUGCGCCUGGCCAGGUAACUGCGUAG